UACUUGCCGAGAGUAGGGAACUUUUGGCAUCAGUUCUGGUUUUUCUUUGGGGGUAAGCGGGGUUCCUGUACCAAAAGAUUCAUCAGUCCGCAUCAAGUGUCCGGGUUGCCAAGUUCGACCCGUGUUCCAUUCCAAUCUUUCUAGCCAGACUCACAAAAAACUACAACCAUGGCUGACGAUGAGCGAAAGCGCAUCGAGGAGGAGAAGAAGAAGAAGCAGGCGGAAAUCGACCGCAAGCGUGCUGAGGUGCGCAAGCGUAUGGAGGAGGCCUCCAAGGCUAACAAGGCCAAGAAAGGUUUCAUGACCCCAGACAGGAAGAAGAAACUUAGGUUGCUUCUGCGUAAAAAGGCUGCUGAGGAAUUGAAGAAAGAACAAGAACGUAAAGCCGCCGAGAGGAGGCGCAUCAUUGAAGAACGUUGCGGUAAACCAAAGAACGUCGAUGAUGCCAACGAAGCCGAACUCCAAACGAUUUGUUCGGCGUACUGGCAGCGUAUUUACGGCCUCGAAGGCGAUAAAUUUGACCUGGAGCAUAUCCAGAAAGUGAAAGAGUACGAGAUUGCCGAUCUCAACUCACAGGUGAACGACCUCAGAGGAAAAUUCAUGAAACCCACCCUCAAGAAGGUCUCCAAAUACGAGAACAAGUUCGCCAAAUUGCAGAAGAAAGCCGCCGAAUUUAACUUCCGUAAUCAACUCAAGGUUGUCAAGAAGAAGGAAUUCACACUCGAAGAGGAAGACAAGGAGAAGAAACCCGACUGGUCAAAAGGCAAACCCGGUGAUGCCAAAGAGAAAACUGAGGUCGAAGCAUAAGUCGCGCCUUCCACUAUCGCUUAUUAAUUAUACUUUUACUAUUAUUAUAAAUGAAUUGAAAAUAUUUUUUAUCUCAAAUAUCUAAAUUGUUAAAUCUAUACAGGCGUUUAUCAACAUCAACAGUAGAAUGCCUUUCUGAUCUUUUGUAAAACAACUUAUUUUAUCAACUGAUUUUUCAAAACUUUUGUUUUUUUCUAUCUGAUAUGUUUUUUGAUAUAACAUGUUAAUGAUUGAUAUAACUUCAGCAAUAAAUGACAUCAUAUUUCAGAGAAUCAGUUGCCACAAAAAAUAAUUUAUUAAUAUUGUAUGUUUGUAAAUUUGUUAAGAAAAGAAAAGCAA